AUGACCAACGACGUAGAAAUGAAAACAGAAGCUGAAGAGCUUCCUGCGUUUCCAACUGUUCAUGUUCUUCAGGUUGUCAAAGAUGCACAACAACAACACGGUUUACGACAUGGAGAUUAUGCUCGUUAUAGGAAAUAUUGUGCUGCCAAACUCGAACGCAUGAGGAAAGCUCUCAAGUUUACCAACACUCACAAUUGCCAGAAAAGACGUCCGGCUAAAUUCGUGAAAAAGUGGCUGACUGUAGAAUCGAUUCAAAAUGUUCAGUACCUCAACUUCGGUAUUUUUGAAUCUGAGAGACGUUAUGCUGAAGCCAUGAUUGACAAAAUUACACUGGAAGACAACCCGGAAAAAUCGAGAAAACGUUUCUCCAUGAUUAAUUCCCUGCGUAAAGCAGUUCUUCAUGCAACGAACCUCGAAAAAAUAGUCCAGGAAAGCGAAAGAUUUGACGCUCCAACAAAGCUUGAGGCUCAAGCAUAUGCUGCAUGGAUGCGUGGAAUGUGUGCCUUUGAAUCAAGGAACUGGCAAAAAGCUUCGGAAUCGUUAAAACUUGCUAAAACUGUCUACGAGAAACUCGCUGAAGCAACUAAUAAUACCACGCUUUCUUCUCUUUUCAAAGGUCGUUGCAGAGAGAUUCAACCACAACUUCGUCUUUGUGAGUUUAAUAUUGCUGAGUCGCCUGGUGCCGUUGGAACCAUGACGGAAUUGAUGGAGAUAAGAAUGCAAAUGGGUGAAGGAGGAGACAGUUCCGUUGAUAAACUAAUCUCGGAAAUGCGCGCAUCAGCUACUUCUGCUGAAUUCGUCACAAUUGAAUGGGGAGGAAUGAAGAGUACCGUUGACGAUGAGAAGGCUAAGCAAGUUAUUCAAGAAUGGAAACAAACUGAGGUCGAAUUGGCACAAUGUCAAACACCAAAAGAAAGAAUGGCUCUAUUUGAAAAAGCAACCGCAGACACUCGUGACGCUAUUGAUCGUAUCUCGGAUGUUAUUCGUCGCAAGACUUCCGAAAAUGCUGAUACAACUGUUCUCCAAUCGAUUAAGGCUUAUUUGGAAUUCUUGAAAAUGAACGGAACAGCGUCUCGUUAUUUGGCCAUAAUUGAAAACACGAAGAGCGAAAAGAAGAGCAAACCACAAGACCUUCUUAGACUCUACGACUCUGUAAUUGAAAUCUAUAAAGAAGUUGCUGAAACCCCUGGAGCUGAAUACGAUAAAAAUCUUCUUCAAGCUUUUGAAGUGAAAGUUGAGUACUACCGAGCUUUCCGUUGCUUCUACAUGGCUGCUUCAUAUUCUGCUCUUCACAAAUAUUCUGAAGCUGCUGCCCUUUUCGACAGAUCUCUGUCUCGUAUUCAAGAUGCUGAGGGAAAGCUCAAAAAGUUGAAAUCGAACUCUUACAUCACAAAUGAGAGCCAGUCGUCGUUAAACGAACUCAAAUCAGAAGUGGAUUCAGCGAAAAUCUCGGUUCGUGCUGCUCGAUUGGCCGUUGCUGCUGGUGAUAUCAAAACUGAUACUGAAGUCGCUAAAACGAUAGACGAGCGGCCACUUUUAGAGACUGUCAACGAAUGGCGGUCGUGGAAUGUUCGUGAAUCGCUCAGAGACAAGAAGACUAUUCCUGUUGCCAAUCUGCCUCCUGCUUUCAUUCCAAUGCCAAACAAACCAAUCUUCUUCGAUUUGGCCAACUUCCAUCUUUCUAUGCCAAACGUUGAAGAUCGUCUCGAAAAACUCCAGAAAGAUCGUGAUGCUCACUCACCCAAGAAAACUCCCAAAGGAGGUUCAGCUGCUCCCUCGAAGUCUUCCGACCCGAAAGAAGGAGAUAAGCAACAAGGAAUUUCUGGAAUGGUUUCUGGAUGGUUCUGGGGCAAAAAAUAA